UUUUACUCUUCUCUAUUUACGCCUUUCUACCCCCACAAAUUUCAUUACAAUUCCUCCAAAGUUAUCUGUUUUUCAAUUUGAUAUUUUUCUCUUCUCGCUCUAUCCACUUCGGGUUCGAGAGAGAAGAGAUAAAGAAUCUAGAGAAAAAGAGGGUAAAAUGGCUCAUAGAGCAGAUCAUGAGUACGAUUACCUUUUCAAGAUUGUGUUGAUCGGCGAUUCUGGAGUUGGAAAAUCAAAUAUUCUCUCUAGGUUCACUAGAAACGAGUUUUGUUUGGAAUCGAAAUCCACUAUCGGCGUCGAGUUCGCGACUAAAACCCUCCAGGUCGAGGGAAAGACUGUUAAGGCACAAAUUUGGGAUACGGCAGGUCAGGAGAGAUAUCGAGCUAUCACCAGUGCUUACUACAGAGGGGCUGUUGGUGCACUUCUGGUAUAUGACAUAACGAAGAGGCAAACCUUUGAUAGUGUUCAAAGGUGGCUUCGUGAAUUGAGGGACCAUGCAGAUUCUAACAUUGUCAUCAUGAUGGCUGGAAAUAAAUCUGACUUGAAUCAUCUCAGAGUUGUUUCUGAGGAGGAUGGUCGUGCUCUGGCAGAGAGGGAAGGUCUUUCUUUUCUCGAGACAUCAGCACUGGAAGCAACCAACAUUGAGAAGGCAUUCCAUACUAUAUUGAAUGAGAUCUAUCAUAUCAUAAGCAAAAAGGCAUUGGCAGCCCAGGAAUCAGCAGCUAGUGACAUAAUUCCCGGCCAAGGAACUACCAUUAAUAUCAACGAUGCAUCGGGAAACACUAAGAAAGGAUGCUGUUCUACUUAAAAGGGUGACAGACAGGUUACAUUUGAGAAGGUAAAAAAUAUUUGCUAGGAAGUAGACCCUUAUUUGGUUUUAUGUCAAUUUUUGGCUUAGAGAGACGCAUGUAGAAUACAUAUUCAUUUACUUAAUUGUGAUAAGAAAGCUUGUGAUGUUUUGGACAACCACACGUUUGUUAGUCUAGUAGCAAUAGAAUGGAAA